UUAUUGCAGCUGGGGAAAACGAAACUUAAGAUAACAGGCUCGACCUUGCAUAAAUACACCCACUUGCUCUGGUGGAACUUCGCCGGACAGCAGCGCACCAACUGGAUCCGAUGGCUUUCUAUAACCAACAGCCCUUCCUCAGCCCGAAAAUCCCCUUCACGGGCUCUAUCCAGGGGGGCCUGCAGGAAGGGAAGGCGAUCACGGUGACGGGACGAGUCCUGCCCGGCGCCGAGAGGUUCCACGUGAAUCUGCAGUGCGGCUCCCGCAAGAACCCACGCGCCGACAUCGCCUUCCACUUCAACCCGCGCUACGAGGGCUUCCAGGACUACGUGGUCUGCAACACUCUGCAGAACCAGUCAUGGGGGGCAGAGGAGCGCAAGUACGAGAUGCCCCUGGCCAGGGGUACCCCCUUCACCCUCAUGAUCAUGGUCAACCGUGACACGUACAUGGUGGCCGUCAACGGAAGCCACUUCCUGGACUUCAAGCACAGGAUCUCCAUCAGCAGUGUGGACACCAUCUCGGUGGAGGGCGGCGUGGAGGUGAACUCCAUUGCAUUCCAGAACCCCAUGCCUCAGUUUGCUGCUCAGCCUUCCUUCCCAGUACUGCAGGGCAGAAACCAACCUAGAAACCAACCUAGAAACCAACCUAGAAACCAACCUAGAAACCAACCUAGAAACCAUCCUAGAAACCAACCUAGUAACCGAUCACAUCUCAAACAAGUUUCCUCUGCAUUUGCUAUGCCGGCUUAUGGAAUGCCACCUCCUGCCUACACUCCUCCACAGACCUACGCUGUGCCGUAUAAGACCUUCAUUCCCGGAGGCCUCUGUCCUGGCAGGAUCAUCACCAUCCAGGGGCGCGUCAAGCCUCAGGCCAGCAGGUUCCACAUCAACCUGCGCUUCCAGUACGGGAUUGCCUUCCACUUCAACCCCCGGUUCGGCGAGAACACGGUGGUGAGGAACACGCAGCUGCAGGAGAAGUGGGGCCAGGAGGAGCGUGGCGGGAGCAUGCCCUUCAUACCAGGCCACAACUUCCUGGUGGUAAUUAUGUGCGAUAGUCAGUGCUACUCUGUGGCAGUGAACAGCAGUCAGGUGUUCACCUACCGCCAUCGCGUCUCCGAGCUGCAGAAGAUCGACAUCCUGGAGGUGGAUGGCGACGUGGACCUGACCUCUGUGACGUUCUGAUACCAGACUCCCUGAGCUACAGGCCACACCCCCGCAGCAAGAUCAGCAAGACAGAGCUCACCGAUUUCUGCAGGCAGCCACAAUUAUGGUAUUUUUCAUGCUGUGUUUUGUUUGUGCUUACCUUUCUAUAGUAAAUCUACCGGGCUUCGACGGAUUUUUUACCUUCUUCAGCUGAAUAAAAGUGUAAGAACAGUUGUCCAGCUGUA